AAUAUUGAAGAUCCCUAUUGGAGUAGCAAUUUACUAUUCUUUGUAUAUCACGAUAGGAUAGGAUAAAACGAUAGAGAAGAACGGUGGUUUCUAUCUGCCACUUUUAUUUUGAUAUUCUUGAUUUCUGUCUGGUUUGUAGUUUCUGCUCUAUUUCCUCACCACUUCAUUCAUCGCAUCGUCAUCAAUAAUUGGGUCACCAAUGUUUUGAGCGUCUUUCUCGUCUUUUUUCCUUUCUUCCCCUCUUUCCCCCCUCCCCUCCACUCCCAUUCUUUUUCUAUGUAUAAUCGGUGAGUAAAGAGAAUCACGAUAGCAAAAUUCAUCAAGCUAAUCAACGUCAUGAUAGUUUUUGAUUUUCCCAUGUUCAUUAUACCCUACUUUUCUCCCAAAGCGAAUCAAAAUCAAACUCUUUUUCCUAAAUUAUAGAAUAUUUAAAGCACCAAUCAACAUCGUCAGGUAAUAGUUGAAGAGUACUCGAGUAGAGCUUCGACUCCUCCAUUUAUUAGGUUAUCCAGUGUGGUUUCAUGGAUAAUCGAUAAUGGCUUCAACACCCAUCAAUUCAAGGACCUUCGCUGCGAACACAAGUCUCGGCUUGAAAGCUAGUCCUUCUCCAUUUCCACGAACCCCGCGAUCCUCGAAUAAGAACCGAAAUCCCUACGAGUUAGGAUUAUCGUUGAAGAAAAUAAUUGGAACUACAGUAUCCUCUCCACCAUGCUUUGAUUGUCUUCCUACAUCUCGGAUAUUUGCCUAUACAGCUGGAGCCGCAGUAGUCGUGGUUGACAUUGAUGAUGAGGGAAGACACUCACAACGUUUCUACCGGGCUUCCCCAACUGCAGUUGCCGCCAAUGCAGGUAAUGCAGGUUUGGGUGGACCCUCAACGCCAGCCAGCAAUGCCAACGAUGGCAAAAACGGAAAAGCAUUUCGAGAUGCUGCAAUUCCAUAUGCACCAUCCACCGCACAUACGAGUUUAGAAUCAGGUGACUCUUCAUCAAAGACAUGGUCGAGCAGGGAAAGAAUAAAAGCGGCUACUUGUGUAUCUUUGAGUUCAGAUGGCCGCUUCUUAGCUGUGGGCGAGGUAAGCAGGUCUGCAUAGAGGUAUGUAUAAUGGCUGAUGAAGACACAGACAGGGUACGCUCCUAGAGUUCUUAUAUUCUCUUUGCAGGACAGUUCUUCAGAUACACCUCUUGCCAUCCUCACCGAGCAUACCUUUGGCGUAGCCGCUAUAUCUUUCAGUCCAGAUGGUAAAUAUUUGGCCAGCUUAGGUAAUGUAAAUGAUGGGUUUCUCCACGUAUGGUCCAUCAAUCAAAAAGCUGGAACUGUAAAACUACAUUCAAGCAACAAAUGUACUAGUUUCAUCAAGCAAAUGCUAUGGCUUGGAGGAAAUGUAGUUACGGUGGGGACUCGUCAUAUAAAAGUUUGGAGGGUUGAAGAUGGUCGAUGUCCCUCACCAAAACAAAAAUUCGCCCUCGACGGCACACCCUUACCAGUGCCGGUACAGCCAGCACUUAAAACUCUUACCGGCCGGAAUUGUUUACUUGGACCACUAGUAGAUGCGACCUUCACCUGUGUGGCUUCUUUCUCUGACCACAGGGCGAUUGUCUGUUCAGAAAAAGGAGACGUUUGCCUCCUGGACAGCACGGAAGGCCAAAAGCUGAUAAAAGUUUUGAGCACCGGAUUUCCCGUCACAUGUGUUGCUAUCGAAAUGGAAACGCGACAAGUAAGGAUAGGAGGCCGUAACGGUAAAGUCAAAACGGCAUCUUUAGACACCCUCCUGGCUCCCAGCACUCCUCCAUUAUCACCCAUUUCGAUAGAUGGAUCUAAUGAUGAAGUUGACGCUGGCCAUCUGUGUGCUAUGGGAUACGCCGGAGGUAAUUUUGUUACGGUUGAUUCUAGGCAUACGAUUGAGAUCUGGGGCAAAUACGACGAUGAUGCGGACCAUGGGUUUCAAAAUACACUCCAACCUGCGCAUGGCGAUGCGGUAAUGGGUGUCCAACUCUUACCCGAAAACAACCAAAUGGGCGCUUCAUUUUUCACUUGGUCUGUUAAUGGCAGCCUAGCCUACUGGGACUUGCAUGGAAACAGCAAAGGGUCGAUUACAAUUGGCAUUGAUCAAUUAUCCAUGGAUGAAGAGGCUUCCAAUUUAUGCCAGGUCGUAAGAGUAUCGAAGGAAGCUUCAUUCUUGGUUUCCGGAGACAAAUACGGAAUAUUGAAGAUCCUAAACCCAUCUACUGGUGCAUGUACUUUUGAGACUCGUGCUCACUCGACCGAGAUCCAAGAUAUCGCUAUCUACGAGGAUGAUACAUCAACCAUGGUAGCUUCCUCUAGUCGGGACCGCACCAUUCAAUUAUUUCGUCGAGUGUUCAAUAAGUGGGAGUUAGUACAAACCUUAGACGAACACACUGCUGGCGUAUGUGGGUUAUUCUUCGCCGAAAAUGGCGAGAAGCUCAUAUCUUGUGGUAUGGACAGGACAAUUCAUAUCAGGCAAAUUGUAAAAAAAGAAGCAGCAGGAGGCGAUGUGCUGGCUGCUGUACCAGUCCGUAUCAUUACCUUGAAAGCUGCUCCUGUUUCGAUGACGCCUUGUCUCGGUGCUCAAGUAGGUAAUCUUGUGGUGUCUCUAUUGGAUCGUACUGUGGCUACCUAUGAGAUAGCUAGUGGCCGUCUUGUAAACUCAUUUCGGGCCACGGACUAUGAUGGAGCAGACGCCGUUGCUCUAGACUCUCUUGCCAUGGGUACACCUGGUACCCUCUGUGGACGAUCUAGUACGAUUCUUGCAGGUGUCUCCACUACCGACAAGUCUGUUCGUAUUUAUGACUGGAGUACUGGAUCUUUCCUAGACCGAGAGUGGGGUCAUAGUACUUCUGUGUCAGGCGUAGCGCUCCUAGAGAACAGCAAUUCAUCAUCUAGAAUAUUAAUAAGCACAGGUCUAGAUGGCACAAUUAUGAUGUGGGACAUUGCUUCCAACACGAUGGAUCUUCAUCCCUAUCCUCAAGCCGAAUCAAAUGAUGGCACUCGUGAUGAAACACCACCAAAGGAAUCAACAACGUCACGACAACCAUUGAGGAAAGUCUUGCCGAAAGCUGAGCUUGCCGAGUUUCAGCGGGCAUCACCAACGACUGCACUUGCUGGACGGUCUUCACCCCCUAGAGUAGUCCGACGUAAGACUUCGAAGCACAGUUUAACAAAUCAGAAUCCCACCUUAUCAAUUCCACCUGUACCGGCUAUGUCAUCUAAACAUUUUGCAUCCGCUUCAGACGAUUCAGGUCGUAAAACUUCUCCAAGAAACAGAUCUCGCAGUCCAAGCAGUCCUCAAACGAGAGAGGUAAGGCGUCCAUCGACUGCAUCUGUGGAUGUACGCGGUCGCGGCAAAACUUCUAGCAGUGGCAUAAGUGAAUUUGGAUCACUUAGCAUGGCGACGGAGCAAGCUUGUCGAACACUUCGAGCGUACCGGAAAAAGCUCUUAUCUACCGAAACUUUCGAUGACGAAAGCCUAAAGGAGUUAGACCAAGAAUUACGGCUCACUUCGGUAGCACUAGGCGACAAGAGUCAAAAUUCCAAAUCCAUUAGUGAGACAGUUCUAGCAGGACUACUUGACCAAUACUCCGACAGACUCGUUUCCAUGUUCGAUGAGAAGUUGAGAUUGAGCCAACUAGGGGCGGGCAGAAUGGUUGGAUCUCCCACUGAGAUGGUCGAACGCCCAAGGACGGCUGAUAGAUCCAGCGAAGAUGGAGAGUUCCUUGACUGUCAUUGA